AUGAAUGGGUUUCCAAUGGAGACUGGGUGGCAAAAGAUGAAGCGACGUUGCCAAGAAGAGCCACUUGUGCCACUGGGUUGUCUAGUCACAGCUGGUGUGCUGAUAGGAGGUCUGGCUUCGUUUCGACGUGCCGCUGACGCCGCUACGCAGCAGAAAUACAUGCGUCUACGUGUAGCAGCUCAGGGUGCCACUGUAAUUGCUAUGGCACUUGGAGGUUUUAUUGCCAUUAAGCCAAACGAGGACGAGCAGAAGAACAAGCAAAAGAACUGA